GACGUAAUGAUCUUUUUGGCUCGUUAUUCGGAUCGGACUAGACUCACUGUGUAAGGUCCAUAUUGGAAAUGAGAAUGAGCCACGCGGGAAAAUUCGAUUGCAUGGGUAGCUCCUUAGUGGCUAUGAAGCAGGCUCUAAUGCUGGAAAAAUACCGUGAGGAAUGUGCCACCAGGGAUAUUCAGUUGAGGUUAAGAGGUGACAUGGGGAAGAGUUCCCGAUUCAUCUUGUUACACACGGUGGCAUGGACGGAGCGAGGCGGCACCAUUCCGUGCGAGAUGGGACUGGUGGAACUCAGUCUGGAGAAAGGAGUUUUGCGUUACUACAAUCAAUUGAUUGACGCCAAUCCCAUUCCCAUUGGUAUAAAAGGCGCCAUGAAAGAGUAUUCGGACAAAUAUCAUCACAUUUGGUUGGACAAUCCCGAUCUUUCGGAUGAUUUUGAAGCUAUCUUGAGGCGUUUCAGCGAAAUAUUGGCGGUACGAGAGGGCGAGAAAUAUGCUAAUAAAGGGGUCCGACUUCAAGCGCCAUCAGAAAUUCAAGAUCUUGUGAUUGAGCAAGAUCGUUGCAAAGCGGAGAGAAAGUUCAAGCACUUGCCCAUCUUUGUAGCGAAAGAAAAUCUCGUCCAAUCGAAAGAGGCCUUUGAGUGGCUCCAGAAUCAAGCUAAAACCAAUUUUCACUUCGAGUGUUAUGACCUCUCGGUCUUGUUCUAUCAUCUCAUGAAUUUUGAAGUUGAUGCCUCCGCACUUCGAAUCCCGUCUCUCUCCAUCGCCAAAGCGCUGCUUGAGCGAGAUGUUCUUUUAUACACGUCGGGCAUGUCUUGCAGGUUUCAUGAGGCCGAAGAGAAUUCCUUUUGCGCUGGGGCCAUUUGUUCACGCCGAGCCUUCAUCUUUCUUGACAUGACAUGUCAAGCAUUGGGUGUUCCCAAACAAGAGAGUUGUCAUUAUCCUCUUGGCCUUCCAGAUUCCACGAAAUUAGAGGCUACUGCUAAGCUAGCAAAUUCGAACAAACUUGCGAACCUUACGCUUGAGAAAUUAUCAUUAAGAGAAGUUGCAACUUCCGUUUCGAAAGGCAACAUCGAGUCCCACUUUUUGGCAGACUUUUUAGAUCUUGAAGACGUUGGAGAUCUUACCUUGUGCUCUGAGUUAGAUUUAGACUCUACAACAACUGCAUCUGAGCUUGACCAUUCGUUCACCUCUCAAGCCACUCUAUCAGUAAUUAGUCGAUUUUCCCAUCGCCGCAAAGAUACUACGAGAUGCACAGUUGAGGAAUCUAGCGUGGAAGAUUUUCACUCUGCCGUUGAGAAUAUGUCGGUGCUGAGUAAAGAUGAAACUGUGAGUCGUUCGUGAGACAAUUAACAACAACUUUAUGUGGACCAAUAUCAAGUCUGUUUGAAGAAUACCUUGCAAACGAAAUGAAUUAUUGGAAGUCGUUUUAUU